AUGAUACUUCAGCCCCGAAAAGUGACGGUUGCCCUUGUUGGCGGAGGAACGAUUGCACCUUUCCAUGCGAAGUAUCUCUUGACAUCUCCUACAUGCUCUUUGGUCGCUCUUGUUGAUCCAUACCGACCUGGAAAGGAACUGGCCGCAAAGAUUUCUGUGCCCCAUUUCGACUCCGUGCAGAAUCUGCUCGGGUCCUCAAUUGAAGCCCCGGAUGCGUACAUCAUCUGUGUGCCCUCCAGCCUUCACGUUGUGGUAGCCGAAGAAGUGCUCCACUAUGCCUCCCCCCAAGCCAUGUUAAUUGAGAAGCCCUUCUCCACCGAGUCAAGUUCCGGGGCGAAACUUCUCCAACUCGCGAACAGUAAGUCCUGCACGCUGCUGGUAGGUCACCAUCGUCGGUUCCACCCGUCACUUGCAGCAGCCCGUCAGGUCGUUGACAACGGGACUAUCGGCCAAAUCAUCGCAAUAUCGGGGAUUUGGACCGCCAAAAAGAACGAUGGCUAUUACAAGGAAGCUAGCUGGCGAUGCUCUCGUUCAUCUGGAGGUGGACCUGUUUGGACGAACUUUGUCCACGACAUUGAUGUUCUGCAUUAUCUAACGGGAUCAAGUGUUGUGAGAGUGUGGGCGACGCAGACUGCCAGCCAGCGUCCUCAUGACGGUAUUCCAAAAGAUGACCUAGUCGAAGAGGGCGCCGCGAUCAUGCUUCAAUUUGCCAAUGGGGUAGUGGGGACAUUCAUAAUCAGUGACAACGUGGCAAGCCCUUUUGGGUGGGAGGCUGCAUCGGGUGACAAUCCACUCUUUCCACCAGCACCGGCGAAAGUAGAUACUUAUCGGAUUUUGGGGACUAAGGGAACUUUAACAGAACCAGAUGGUAUACUUUGGCAUUACGAUGGCGGUGAUGCAAAACAAUUAGGAAAAGAGGUUGGAUGGAAUAUCCCGAUCCGCCAAGAGGAGCUACGGUCCUCAGAUGAUAUACCGUUCCAGCAACAGGUGGAGCACUUGGCUAGAGUUUGCCGAGGAGAGGAGGAGCCCAGAUGUUCCGGAGAGGAUGGAUUGAAUGCAGUGAGAGUUUGCGAAGCAGUAAUCGAUGCUUUGGAAGCAGGAGAUGGAGUACCGAUUGAUUUGUGA